CCGAAACCGAAAACAGCUAGCCAAAUUAGCUUAGUGCUACUAUUGAAAAAUGCGAGUCCCAUUCUCAUUCCUGAUUUAAUAAACGAGCAUCCUAAGAGCCAGAGAGACCAAAACAUAAAUCCGGGAUGUGCUCUGUCGUUGGUUGUGAUUCAGAGCGUCGCAGCGCCCAACGGUUCAAAUUACCAGAGGACCCAGAGAGGAGGCUGGAGUGGGUCAUGUUUAUAGCAAAUGUUAACAAGCAACGUUUUAAAGAGUCGACCUGGACUGCUAUUACUGUGUGUAGUGAACAUUUCACAAGUGACUGUCUUGUUAAUUUGACUGGUUCGGUGCAACUGAAGCCCAGUGCUGUCCCAUCACUAUGUCUGAAUUCAGGGGCAGAGGAGCCUGUGGAGAGCUUUGAAUGUGAUGAGCCUGUGGGUAACUCAGAGUUUUUUGGUCAACAUGAUCAACUUGAAACAGAUGAUGGGAAUUCCUGUUCUGAAGAAUCAAGACCGGCUUCAAUGGGCUCUAAAAAUGGCCCAGUCCCAAGUGGAGCCUCGUGUUCACCUGACUCUUCUCUGUGUAGUCAAAAGCAACAAAAAAAUGUGAAUACAGAUUUGAUCAAGGAAAAAGCUGCACUUUUGAAGAAGAAAGGGAAAUUUCCUGUGAAUGAAAAACGCCUCCUCCAGUUGUUUAGCCGCAAGUGUCCGUUGUGUGGAGGUAAACUGAAGAUGCACAAGGUCACUCGGGGUGUAACCAUCACCUUGAACCAGCUUUGCAUUCAGUGUGACUACACAUACCAGUGGAAGAGUUGGGUUGACAGGAGUGAUCCAGCUGCAGAAAAUAAACUACUGACAGGAGGUGCAGAAGCAAAUUCAAAGGCAGCACCAGCAGAUGAAGCGUCCAGCAGCCUCACAGAUGUUCCUGAGGUUGUUGCUCUCAUUGAUGAGGAGAGUGACUCCAUGGUUGAAUCAAAUAAAUCAAGUGAUCCUGGUGACAUGGAUUCAGAUGAAGACUGGAAGCCAGUGGAGGGUGUUGUCCCAGUAAAAUUGUUUCAUGUCAAACCAAAUGAGGAAUCUAAAGAAACAUUUAAUUAUAGUGAUUAUUAUCCUGCACUCACCCCUCAGUACAGUCAGCUCUGCACAGAUUGUGGAAGGUUUUUUGACAGACGAAGACCUCACAUAUGUGAGCACAAACUGAAGCCCUACUCCUGCAACAUUUGUGGGAAAAGGUGUGUUAAUGAGGUUGCUCUAAAUUUUCACAGCAGAAUCCACGAUGCAAACUAUGAAUUUCGCUGCAAAUACUGUCAAGUUACGUUCAAGUUAAGGGUGGACAAAUAUGUUCAUGAGCAGAUCCACAUGACUCAAGGGAAGCCCUACAAAUGUCCAGAUUGUUCAGAGACAUUUGCCACAAGCAAGGAACGCAGAACCCACCUGGAAGACCACAGGGGCACUGUGGAUUUAAAAUGUCGCUUCUGUGGAAUUGAAUUUUUCCGUCCUCUUUCGAUUCAGAGACAUUUAUUAGUGCAUACAGGAGAAAAACCAUACAAGUGUUCAGAGUGCCAGCGUGGCUUCAACCAGGCAAGCCACCUGAAAUCCCACAUGCGCCUGCACACAGGAGAAAGGCCUUAUAAGUGUCAGCAUUGUGACAAAUGCUUCAAUCACAAUGUGAGCUUGAAGAGUCAUCUCCAGCGUUAUCACGGCGUGACUUCUGAACCUGAACAGAAGAAACUUAUAAUAAACAAAAGUGAAAGUGACACUGAAAGUGUUCAGAGUAGUGGGAACAAGAGAGAUACAGACUCCGAGCUUGACACAGAAGAGGAGGAAGAGGAUACGGAUGAUGAGAUGGAGGGAAUGCGUAGACCUAAAAGCAAAUGUAGAAGCACAGGCAGACCUAAAGGAAGGCCUAAAAUCUCUGGAUCAAAUGGCCAGGGCUCAAAUACUGGAACUAAAAAAUCACGUGUUAAGAGACAAAUAAGAAAAAAAUGUACCAGUGAAGAAAAUGAGGAGGUGCUGUCCAAUGGCAAUACAUCCCCUGAUUCUACGGAAGAGAAAGAGGAGAGGCGGAAAAAGGUGAUAAAGAAUACAACAAAAUCAAUAAGGAGUAAUGGCAAAAACAUCAGGAAACGCAGGGGAAGGCAGAAGAAUUAGCUGCUCACUGAAUAAAACACAUUUAAUUGACAUUAAUAAGGAAAUUGACUGGUUUCUUUCAGAAAUGAAGUUAAAUUGGUGUAAAAUAAAUGUACAAAUUGAUCAGUAUUUAGGUUAUUCCCUUUCAACUCAAAGAGAAGUGUUAUGAUUCUAGAGUACUUUUAAUCUCUGUGCCAUGACUUCAGACUAGAAGUAUUAAACUGAUCCUAAAUGCUUGGUCUUCCUUUGGUUAUAAGUUUUUAAUACUUCAUUUUUCAUAUCGUGAAGAUGUUGGUUGAAGCUAACCUGCUGAAAAGUUAAUUUUCUACAUUGUUUUCUAUUUAGAGGAACAAUGGAAGUUUGCUUAAAAAUCUAGUUUGUCACAAACUAUUAAAACAACAAGCUCUAAUGCCAUUAAUGAGUGAGGGAAAAUGUCUCCAAAACAAUAGUUUUAUUGUCUUCAAGCUUUAAAUGUCUUAGUUUUUGUACAUUUUUAUAAAAUAUGAUUAUGUCCAUCUGCAACUUAAGCAUCAUUUAGCCAUGCGUGUGUGUUACCCCUUCUGAAAUCU